UGGAGGAGAAACUCCACCAACUGACACUUGCGGAGCGGCAGAGACAGUCAGCCAGAGACGGUGAGCGGCGCUGGACAAACUUUACUACGUGCUAAACGCGCUCAAAUAAGUCACGUCGGAGUUCGUGGCGUGGACACUUGCGGGAGCGGACACGAUACAACUGUUGGGCUCUCCAGUGAAGCAAUCCCGCCAUGCGUGAAUACAAGCUAGUGGUUUUAGGCUCUGGAGGUGUGGGCAAGUCCGCUUUGACAGUUCAGUUUGUACAGGGAAUCUUUGUGGAAAAAUAUGACCCAACAAUAGAAGACUCGUACAGAAAGCAAGUGGAGGUAGAUGGGCAGCAAUGUAUGCUUGAAAUCCUCGACACAGCCGGCACAGAACAGUUCACAGCAAUGAGGGACUUGUACAUGAAAAACGGUCAAGGCUUCGCUCUCGUAUACUCCAUCACAGCACAGUCUACCUUCAAUGACCUCCAAGACCUGAGAGAACAGAUUCUACGAGUAAAGGACACAGAGGAUGUGCCAAUGAUACUGGUAGGCAAUAAGUGUGACUUGGAAGAUGAACGUGUGGUGGGGAAGGAGCAGGGCCAGAAUCUGGCCAGACAGUGGAACAACUGUGCCUUUUUAGAGUCCUCAGCUAAGUCAAAGAUCAACGUCCUUGAUAUCUUCUAUGACCUGGUCAGACAGAUAAAUAGGAAAACACCAGUGGAAAAGAAGAAGGCAAAAAAGAAAUCCAACUGUGUCCUGCUUUAAAGACCCUCCUCCCCCCCGCCCCUGCAGCAGCUCUGAGCCAGAAAUGCUGUAAUGAAGAACUGUUGCCCUGAUUGGAACGUGCCAGCAUUCCAACAGCCCCCCCAGUCCCACUCCCUCCAUCAGCCAUAAACGGUGAAUCAGCUGAUCGAACUGCUCUUAUCAAAGCCGAGGAAGACCUACAAGAGAGUAAAGACAGAGGGGAAGAGAAGAAAGAAGACCUUGUCUUUCGACUGUGAGGACGUCCCUGUGUCUCAGUAUCAGCAUGAACCCUGAACGGACAGCCUCCAACUCUGCAUCAAUAAAUGGCGCCACAAACUGAUGAUGAUGUUAAAACACAGCAGAACCUCUGAAAUAAAAAAAAAAAAAA